AUGAGCCCUAACCGUGAGCCCCGUGGGGACCGGGACCGGGACCGGGGCGGCGCGGGGUCCGCCGACCAGCCCUGCCCCUCCGUGUGCGGCCGUGCUGAGGAGGAGCCCACCCUCUCGCCCUCUUGCUUUCCCUUCUCCCGCUCUGCUUCUCCUCCUAAGAAGGGAGGCCGGAAGCAGGGAGGCUCGCAGGGCGGCUCUCUGAGCCCGGGGCGUCCGCGGGCCUGUCCUCGCGGUGUCCUUCCCCGGCCCCGAGUCACGCAUCACUCAUCUUGUCACAUUGAACUCCAGAUGCUCCUACCCUAG